GAAGUUUGAGGGGUGUGGAUGGUUUGUGACCCCCUCACCUGACCCUACCCCUCACGGGCUGGGAGAGCUUGGCUUAGGCACGGCGGCCGGGACCGGCAGCUUUUCGGUUCAUAUGGGCUCAUGGACCCCACUCCAGCGCCACGGGAAUAGGACCGUCCAAACGCGGAACCUUCGCUUCAGAAAAAACAGGGUUGGGGACCCCUCAUCGUUGUCAGGGGAGCUCACAGGCUGAGGAGAGAGCAAAGGCCCUUGAGGCGGGAGAUCUGCGGUCCUGCUCUGCCCCUUCCCACGAGCGUUCCCUGUGUCUCUGCCAGUCGUUUUCGUCUUUCUUUGCCACGGUUUCCUUUUCUGUAAAUCACUGUUGAUGACAUUAACCAUCAUACCAUCAGUAGUUAGUUGUGGGAGAGAUAAAUAAUUGCUACCAUUUGUUUAUUGAACAAUUGUAAUGUGCCAGGCACUGUGCUAAGUAUUUCGCUUCGAUGAUUUCGCGUCAUCUUCAAAACAACCUCAUGAGCGUGGACCCAGUCAGCAGCCAGGCCAUGGAGCUCUCUGAUGUCACCCUCAUUGAGGGUGUGGGUAAUGAGGUGAUGGUGGUGGCAGGUGUGGUGGUGCUGAUUCUAGCCUUGGUCCUAGCUUGGCUCUCUACCUACGUAGCAGACAGCGGUAGCAACCAGCUCCUGGGCACUAUUGUGUCAGCAGGCGACACAUCUGUCCUCCACUUGGGGCAUGUGGACCACCUGGUGGCUGGCCAAGGCACCCCAGAGCCAACUGAACUCCCCCAUCCAUCAGAGGGUAAUGAUGAGAAGACUGAAGAGGCUGGAGAAGGUGGGGGAGACUCCACAGGGGAACCUGGAGCUGGGGGUGGUGUUGAGCCCAGCCUUGAGCAUCUCCUUGACAUCCAAGGCCUGCCCAAAAGACAAGCAGGUGUAGACAGUGGCAGUCCAGAGGCACCCCUGAGAUCUGAGGAUAGCACCUGCCUCCCUCCCAGCCCUGGCCUCAUCAACGUGCGGCUCAAAUUCCUCAAUGACACCGAGGAGCUGGCUGUGGCCAGGCCAGAGGAUACUGUGGGUACCCUGAAGAGCAAAUACUUCCCUGGACAAGAGAGCCAGAUGAAACUGAUCUACCAGGGCCGCCUGCUGCAGGACCCAGCCCGCACGCUGCGUUCUCUGAACAUUACCGACAACUGUGUGAUUCAUUGCCACCGCUCACCCCCAGGGUCAGCUGUUCCAGGGCCCUCAGCUUCACUGGCCCCCUCAGCCACUGAGCCACCCAGCCUCGGCGUCAAUGUGGGCAGCCUCAUGGUGCCCGUGUUUGUGGUGCUGUUGGGUGUUGUCUGGUACUUCCGAAUUAAUUACCGCCAGUUCUUCACAGCACCUGCUACUGUCUCCCUGGUGGGGGUCACUGUCUUCUUCAGCUUCCUAGUAUUUGGGAUGUAUGGACGAUAAGGACAGAGGGAGAAAAUGAAAGGCAUGGUCUUCCUCCUUUAUGGCCUCCCCCCCUUUCCUGGCCAGAGCUGGGCCCAAGGGCCUGGGAGGGAGGGUGGAAAGGACGUGGUGGGUAUCUCCUCCAUAGGAUACAGGAGACAGGUAUGGAACUUCCCAUUCUCCAUGGGGGUACACACAUCCCCUCUGUGCAAGCACAACUCAGGUAGAAAUGAGGAUGUCAUCUUCCUUCACUAUUAGGGUCUUGAAGGAGUUCAGAGCUGAUGGCCAAACUCAGUGGGGAGCCUGGGCUCUGAGGAUUCCCUCCCAACUGUGGCCCUAGCUCUUCCCCUUAUCCUGCAUGCCUGCCCCCAGCACCCAGGGCUGCCUGCUGGGGCAGCUCAGCAUGGCCCAAGCACACCUCUGUAGGGAACCUGGAAUAUUCUUCAUUUCUUUAGCCAAAUAUCAAUCUUUUGAGACUGAAAUCACACAGGCAGGAAAUGAAAAUUGUACCAGCUUUCCCUAUAGGCACCUAGCCACCCCCACCUUCUCCCUCUACCCAUGUAGCAGGAAUAGGGUGUUCUCCAUGUUCUAGGUAUUUUCCAGUGUUCUCCUUUCUUUCAAUGCACUUUGCUUGCAUUAUUAUUUUUUUUAGUAGUCCUUUAUAGAGCUCAGUCAGGAAGGGGAUUGGGGCAGAAAGCCAAGCCCCCAGCAUUGGGAGCGGCCAGGCCACAGCUGCUACUACCCCAGGCCUACGGCUGUAAGUGAAAGACAGCACUGGCCCUUGGCCAGUGUCCUACCCUGCCCAGCUCCAAGGACGAGCUCUGAGUAUGGAUCACUGGGCCCAAGGCUUUUGCCUUUGGGGCUCUGGUUGGAGGGUCAGUGUCUGUGACUGAAUAAAGUUCCAUUUUGUGG